GGAAAACACUGCCAUCAAAUAAAUCUCAGUUGGACGUUUGGAUGGUGAUUGUGAAAUCGACUGAGGAGACCCAGGGCAGCAGACGAUCGAGAGAAACUGGGGUGGGCGGGAGUGCGCUGAAGCCACACGAUAAAAAGGCUUUGCUCUUGGGAAAAAACUCUUGAUUCUUUCCACAGCCUUCCGAUCUCCAUCGUACGGUAUGAAGCGUCUACCUGGAUACUUACCGUCAUUACGCAAAUUUAGGUGACUUUCUUUCCCUCCCGACUUGGAUUCUACCUUAUGAUGAUUUUGGAUAUGUACCUUUGGGAUGAAGAGAACCCUUUCCCUGCCCGCCGAAGUAAGAUAAAAUAGGGUUUCGCUGACAUUGGAGUUACUCCUCUCGUUCCAUAUGAAGAAGUCAAACAUUUGGAUAUGCACCUGUGUCCAUUUAUUGCUGUACAUGACAGUUGCUGCCUAUUCCAGUGAAAUAGGAAAUCCCAUUACAGAUGACAUCAAGAAAAUUUCUUUGUUGAAACAGAAUAUUCCGAAAGACUACAAGAUUACAUUACGUUAUAUACCUAAAGAAGUGAGUGGUAUGUGCUGGGUGAAGCUAAAUGUAUUUCACUUGGAGGUGAGCUUAAAAGGCCUGGCGCAGAAGUUUGGGAACAUAUCCUCCAAUAAAGAUAAUAUAGGCACUUUUGUCCAAAUACUGCAGGAGAUGCGGUAUCACAUUGGACAUGGCUUGGAGGAUUCAAUGCUAGAAUUCGAUUGCCACUACUUAAAUGAGUUGUGGCUUACAGCGAAGUAUUUUGAAUUUGUGGAGGACUUUUUCAACACCGCCAACUCGUCGAGAGAUGUGGAGGACUGCGAGCCCCCACCGUGUCCCACAUCCACAAAAACGACAGUAACGACAACUACGACAGCGUCGACGACGUCAGCGCAACAUAGUACAAAUGAGAAACGGAACGGUUUGCCUGGCGACCCCGAAAAAGGGGCAUUCCUUCCAAAAGUUGUGGAGAGCAGUCUUAUGUCACUCCUCGCCAUCCCGUUCAUCGCAGUGGUGUUUCUGUUGGUCUGGAAGAUUAAAUCAAAAAGAAACGCCCCCCAAACCGAACGGAGUCCGGAAGAAGGUCCCGCCCUUUUCUCAGGAGAGGAAGCCAAUAUACCCCCAUUAGAUGUGGAGAUAUCUGAAAAAAACAGAUUAAAUAUUAUCAUGGCAGUGUAAAUCCAGCCCCAGCUUAACCAAUGCAGCCACUCCUUCAGACGGCACGACGGACUGGAACAAACAAGCACCACCUCCGAAAGCUUCUCUUACUGAACUUCUAGUUGUGAAGGACGCAUACAGGCCUGAAACGCAACGAACUGAUGCCCUCUCAUAUCAACCACUGCUGAGCCCUUUGGGGUAGAAACGGCUGCUCCUUCUGAGAACUUCUGAGAGUCGCUCUUCAUGCUCUUCAAAGCUUCCUACUCCUCUCGGAGACUGUGCAGGGGGAAUCUGAUGAAAAACAGAACGGCAUUGGAUUCAGCUGGAGACGUCAAAUAGCCGAGCGCAUUUUUUCGAGCGCAGGAGCCGCGGUUCAGAAGGAGGGCAGCCAUGUUGUUGCUUGAGAGCAGAUGGCUAUCUAAAAGGAGUUUAAGCAGAACUGACUACCUCCAGCUGCACUGGUCCAUCUCCUUCUUUCUCUCUUCGUCCCUGUUCUCUUUCUUUCCUUUGGUCUGGGUGUCCAGAUAGACGCCUUUUCAGUUUUUUGAGUGCUUGAAUCAGUAAAGUCGUUCUCAUCUGAUUUGUGAAUUGUUUUUAUUGUCACUAUAGACUGGUGGUGUGGACUUAAUUUAUUUAUUACCGAAUACGACACGACACCCGCAUGGCAAGAAAUAUCGAUCGGGACGGCGAAUACGCCAUCGUCUCGACCUUAAGACAUAUCCCGCAAUCCUUAAUCGCUUGUGUAUUUCGACAGUUCAUACUAGCCGCAACCUUGUAAGUACUUGUUUUUAACGCUAUAUAUCGAAUAUUAAAGUCUAAUUCGCGAUUAAUAUAGUUAGUUUCACAUUAUGGCUUUUUAUAAAGUCUGUCAGUGUUUUGAAAAAGUCCUUUAGUCAAAGAAAAUCUCUGGUGGCUGCUAAUUUUAUAGACGUCUCAGCUUUUGUCAACGCUCAUGAGAGAUAGAUUUUAAUUCAAAGAUGUUUUCUGCCAUACUAAAGUGAGAUCAGGCUUUUAAAAACUCAACUAGUAUUACAUAAAAACAAAACGGUACACCUCUCACCAAGAAAAAGCGACUUCGAAUACAGAAAUUUGUUCGUUCUUUGACGCCGUCGUAAAACGUGUAAGCUUCUACUCGUAUUUUUGUGCCUUUUCAUAGCAUGGCUCUCCCUGUAAAGAUUCUUUUUGGAUAACCAGCCAUAUAUUUAUUAUGAGAAAAAAAAUAAUAUAAUGAUAUUGCACUAGUUAUAUUGCUCUAGGACAUUUCAUAACACGAUCCGGUUUUGGUCUCCUGCUGAGUACGAAACGAUUUAUGCAUGCUCACAUCUGACGUCUUACAUGGCUUGCGCUUAAUCUGUACAUACUGAUUUAUGAUAGCUACGACUCAUAUAGAAAAGUGCUAAUGAUUUUGAGACGAAACUCAGAGGAGAUCAGAUUUGAUUUGUACCCUGCUUUCUCCAACUGGUUGUAAUGAUCUAUAUCCUGUGUUGUGGGGAAUAACCUGUUGUCUGCCCAGUCUUCGUUUUCUUAGUUAGAGCACAACAGUUUUUUUUUUUUUUUAAGAUACAGUAUGUAAUGUGAAGUUGACAUUUGGUGAGUACUAUCUUGUCCUGGUUAAGGUGGAUGUUUACAAAAACUUGUAUUAACAUUGGCAGCAAUGGAAACGUCUCCCAUUGUAGUGUUCUAACGGUUUUCAUGCAGUUAAUCCAAGUCAUUCUAAAGCUCUCGAUAGGGGCACGUCAGUGUAUUUGCUUUUUCCAAAACAGAUUUCGGGACAGCGCUGAGAUUUGGGAUCUGAGUUUCAUUUUUACACUCAUUCAGGAAACUCUGUGAACUGGAGGGCUUCCUUUGGCGGCUUUGUUGGUGCCUUGAUAAGGUUCCAUGUAAAGAGUCAAUAAGUAAUUGUGACAGAUAAGCUGCACCAUAAGUGGAAACAUCCUACAUGUUGUAUGAGUUUUGUGUGCGAGUUAGGACCCCCAAAACACCAACCGCAGACCAUACGAGCCAGCCAGUGAAAUUCCCACCACUGCCCUGAAACUACUGGGAAUGUUGGCGAAGUGUCAGAAGGCACUGUGAGGCUGAUUUGAAAGGGACGUACAAGGGAACCGUACCAGGAUUUUUCAGAUUUGGCACGUCCCAGUUGCCGCAGUUGGAUCCUGCAUCAUAUUUGUAAGACUGCAGAAGACAGCUAGUCAGGAAGCCAGUCAGGGUGCCAAACGUAAACAAGGAAUUGUGGCCCAGUCAUUGUCUGGGUGACAGUCUACUGUAUUCUGUAUUUUAUAUGAAUAUAUGCAAAUAUAUGUAUGAGAUGUGAAUAAAAUACAUUUAUCCACCAUU